AUGGCGCACCAAGCGACCGACAAUGACUCGGAGUCGUGGAAUCCGGCAUUACGGCCCGAGAAAAAUAAUACUCCUAUUACUAUGAGCUCGAUCGAGGGUGGAUUGUCUCAGCCUAAUGCGGCGCAUGAGCCAAAGGACCUUGCCGAUGUCAUAUCUCCACAGAGUGAGGAUUUUUCUGCAUGGGAUAUCUCCGAUGAGGUAGACGCGAUUCAGCCUCAACACGCAAGCUUGGACGUGCUAGUGAACAAUGCAUCACCAGCAGUCGACCAGGCCGUCUGCCCAGAUACCGAUUCCGUUGAUAAGACCAGUCCUAUUCCCGAAGAGACGAGUGAAGCAAUUCAGAGAUCUAUCGAGCCAUCUAUUGUGACUGCAGAUCCCGCCCUAAACACGACUCUGCCAGAAACUCAGCCAGCGCAGCCCGCGCCGGCAGUUCAGACCGAAUCACCUCCAAUCCAAUCCGAUAUAGAGGGUGGUAAUAGCCUCCCAGCCACUAUAGACCAGCCACACUCUGUUCAAACCGGAACAUCUCAUACCGGAGCUCCCACUAUCACAUCGGAACAAAGAACCACCCCGGAGGCGACUUUUGCGGAAGAGACUACACUUUCAACAAAAGGACAACCGACAGCAGCCGAACCUACGCUGGACACUUUCAAACACGAGAAUGCCACUCAGUCCACCCCCACCGAGGAACUGUUCGCACGAACAGACGAGGAUGCUGACUCGGAGGGUCUCUGGGCCAGCUUUGAGAAGGACCUUGGCAAUACUCUACCCCCCACCGGAGAGGCUACGCCCGAUAGAGAACCUUCCCAUACUAUCCCAGAGCUUGCUACAACCUCUACCCAAAUCCAGGAUAGCGACGCACCAAAGGUUGUUGAAGGUGUACGUCCAUCGCCAGAGGAAAGGGCAUUUACGGGUGCGACCAACGACGGCCACCAAGAUCCACCCGCAACCGUCGUGGAUACACCCACUAAGCAUGAACCUGUCUGGGCAAAUGAACCGAAAGGGGAAGUUGGUUCUGAUGAGGACAACUUCUUUAACCAACUAAACACCCAGACAAAGCCUAUAUUUGCGGAAGCUGAGUCCAGGUUUGAGGAAGGGGUCCCACUGUUAGAUGAAUCUACACCGGCUUCGCCCCAGCGCCCCCUGGAUGGAGGAGAAUCGAUCGACAACGUUUUUUCCAAUGAUGAAAACGACGCAGAUGACUUCUUCAGCUCGCCCCCAAAGCUCGAGGCUCAGAAUGACGGUGAGGAUUUUUUCGCCUCCACCUCAAAGGAAGAGGCCGAGGAGCAACCCCCUGCUCAUCUCGCCCGAAAGAGCACGUCUCAGGUUUUGGAAUCGGUUGGGUUUGCUCUUGACUCCCCAGCUAGCGACACUUCGGCUGCGGCGCAGUUCAAUGAUGCUUUGAAGGCUGCGUCGUUGGAGCCCCAGGCAACAGCCGAUCCCUCAGAGGAAGAGCUAGCGGCACGGUGGGAAGCUGAGCUAGGAGAUUCACCGGAUGAUGAUUUGGCGGCCCGUUGGGAGGCAGAAUUAGACGAUGACGAUAUACUGCUUGAGACUGAAGCCGCCGAGCCUGUCUCUACACAGGGCCACAUUAAUCAACCCCCUGUUCAACCCACCAAUUAUGGUCCGUCGGCUGGUUUGAAUGGUCCGUUCCAGACCCCCCAGGCCUUUUCUCAGCCAAGACCUGUUCCAAGUAUAUACACACCCCAUCAACCGUCCACCGGUGAUCUACUGCAGGGUGUUCCUCUCCCAGGCACUGCGCCGCCAGUCACCGGUGCGAUGUCAUCAUACUUCUCGCAGGCGCCGCAGAACCCCGUGGCAGUUAGGGGAGAGAGCUUUGCUGAGCGGCCGAAAGAGGGUUACAAAUCACCUUACGACCUUCCAGAAGAUAUCCGGCCCCGAAAACCAGUCGUUGCCCAGAAGCCUAUUCCUCCAGCAGUGACUAGUAUGCCUCCACCUCCUCCCCCAGGUGCAUCUGGCGUACUGAUUCCUGCUGCGGCUGGCUUCGCACCUCCGACAGCGGCCCCAUUAGCUGCUGCUGCCCCCCCUGCGCCCAAGAAUUUCUAUGAGGAACUUCCUCUGGCGCCACCGCGGUCUAGGCCUGCUAGCUCAGGUCGGUACACCCCUAAUCCGCAGGCGGCGCCUACGUUGGCCGGGUCGUCACUUCCUCCUCCCCCCCAGGUUCAAUAUGCUGCUGCUGCACCACCGGCCACACAGCCUAUCGCCCUCCCAAUCCAAUCCACACUUCAGCCACCUGAGCAGCUAGAUCCGUAUGCUAGCCUAGCAUCUAGUGCUCCGGCCGGACCUCCUGCCAUAGCAAGGUACUCUCCUCAGCCUCCUGGUUUGCAAGCUCCCUCAAAGCCACCUUCGUUGCCGAGAUAUUCUCCUGCGCCCCCUCCCACCUCUGCGGGCCGCAAUCGUUAUGCCUCACAGCCGCUUAAUGUUCCUGGCCAAAAUUUGCCUUUCCAGCCACGGACAUCAAGUCCGCUUGCACAUCAUGAAAAGGUUUCUUACCAACCUGAUCAAUCACACAAACCGCCAUCUCUCGAGCCUGCGAUCAAUCUUUCUCCGCCGCGCGGGCAAGGAGCUGGCUUCGGACAAAUGCCACCUGGCGCUCCGCAAUACCUUAAUGGUCCUGCCAGCAUACCGCGGAGAGACAGUGCGGGAUCACCUGCGCAGUCGUCUCCGCCUCAGAGUCGCUAUGCCCCUCAGGAAUAUCUCAAUGAAUUCGCCCAGCGUCUCGCACCGGCUCCGGAAUCCGCUCCUCCUGCUCCCACGACGAAUGUAUACACGUCUCCACCACCUAGUGAUAUCCAGAUGGGCCCUCUUCGCAGGUCCCAAACCCAGUCACCUUCCCGGGACUUGGCAAGCCCAAGUUCCUACGGCCAGAACUUUGAUACCCUCCAACGGCCGGCUUCGGUUCAAGUUUCAGGUUCACCGACUAAAAGUGUGAAUCCGUAUGCUCCUAUUUGUGCUCCUUCUCAGACCCGGGCUCCGACGCAGCACCUGGAAUUUAUCGCCCCCAAUGAUGGACUGGAGCAUGAUCCUCUAGAGCGAUGGAAAGGUGCUCCAAUCUUCAAAUUCGGGUUCGGUGGAGCCAUUGUAUCUUGCUUCCCUAAGCACAUUCCUCGCUACUCUGUUGGUCAAGUGGCGCCAAUGAUUCAACCCACUCUUGGUGAACCGAAAAUAUCACAGCUUAGUACAUGGCUGCCCUCCGCUGAUAACAUUGUCCAGCACCCUGGGCCACUCAAAGCAAAGUCGAAAAAGAAGGAUUUGAUUGCUUGGCUUUCUAGCAAGAUUGCAGCUUUCGAGCAUUCCGACCUUCCAAGUUACGAACAAGUUCAGCCCGAUACGCACAAGCGCCAGGAGGAAAAAGCCAUUCUCUGGAAGGUCGUCAAACUUCUGGUGGAGAAUGACGGUAAUCUGGAGAGUUCUCCAGAAAUUCAGAAGUCUUUCCGCCAGAUCAUCUUCCCCAACCUACCCGACCCCGACGCAGACGGAUCAUACACCAGCACCUUAACUGCCGCGGGAGGGCUUACCCCUUCGGAAAUGCCUUCGCAACCUGAUGCUGUUGAUGCAAAGUGGCUGGAAGAGCUUCGCUUGCACUUGAUCCGUGGUGAUCGGGAGAAGGCCGUAUGGAGUGCUGUCGACCGACGUCUUUGGGGACAUGCAAUGAUCCUUUCAUCCACCAUGGACAAGUCGAUUUCGAAGCAGGUCACGCAGGAGUUUGUCCGCCGCGAGGUCAGAUCCAAAGCCGCAAACACUGAGUCACUUGCAGCCCUCUACGAAAUCUUCGCUGGUAAUAUCGAAGAAAGUAUCGACGAACUCGUGCCCCCGUCUGCUCGAGCAGGUCUGCAGUUGAUCAGCAAGGCCGAUGGUCAGGGCUCCACUAAGAAUGCCCUCGAGGGUUUAGAUAAGUGGAAGGAUACCCUAGGGCUGGUCUUGAGUAAUCGAAGUUCUGAGGAUCACCAGGCACUGCUUGCCCUUGGCCGCCUGCUUACUUCUUAUGGACGGACAGAAGCAGCUCACGUUUGUUACAUCUUCUCACAUGCUGCUGUUUUCGGUGGCCCAGAUGAUCCACAGGCCAAUAUUGUUCUCCUUGGUGCCGACCAUCAGCGCUGCCCUUCUUCCUUGAUGGAUGAAGAUGCUAUCCUGCUCACUGAGGCGUACGAGUAUGCUACAUCUGUGCUCGGCAACUCCUCAGCCGCCCAUCUGCCACACCUGUUGGGCUUUAAGAUUCUGAAUGCCAGGUGCCUCGUAGACCAGGGUCGCAAUUCGGAAGCGCAAGCCUAUUGUGACGCAGUGGCAUCGGCAUUGAAAGCAACCACUCGUCCUUCGCCGUACUAUCACCAACACCUCUUUGCGGAAGUUGAAGAGCUAUGUGCACGUCUGCGCCAAACAACCAGCGAUAGUGGCUCUUGGAUAUCGAGACCAAGCAUGGAGAAGGUCUCUGGGUCUAUGUGGGCUCGUUUCAAUAGCUUCGUGGCAGGUGAUGAUAGUGAUGCUGCAUCGACUGGCUCCGGUAAAGGUGGUGAGCAAGCGGAAUUUGGACCUUUUGCAAACGUGGCUGGGACCCCAACAAUUAGCCGCUCACCUUCUGUGUCUGAUAUAUACGGUUCUUAUCCUGGGACAGCAGCCGGAGUACAGCCUAUUGCUAUUAAUGGCCCGUCCAGAUAUCACCCAUCGAGCCAAUAUGCGCCCAAUGGCUCGCCUGAACAGUUCAAGGGCCGAUCUUCAAUGGACUCUCAGAGAUCUGCUUCGUACUUCCCGCCCGUUGGACAGCGUCGUAGUUCACAAGAACUCUCACCCUCAAUUGAUCAACAGAUGUCGUAUGGAGGCCCAAUCUAUGGGUCACCAAACGCAGGUGGGUAUCAACCAACACCACCCCAGUCCUCUUACGUCCCUCUUGCUCCAGUAAAAGAAGCUCUAUCACCUGCUGAAGCUCCUCCGGCUGCACAGCCCGUGGUGAAUGGCCUCUUUUACCAGCCUCCAGGACAGGCCGCCACAGCCAGCGAAUCCCCUUACUACCAAGGCCCUCCUGGUAUGCCGGUUGGUAUAUCAGACUCAGAGUCACCCUACGCACCUCCCGUUGCCAGCUCCUCUUACGAACCGGCUUCUUACGAGCCGGUCGCGGCUGGUGUAGACAUGGGAUAUGCCGCCGAGGACGAGGAUAUGCCACCUACCGCAGAGCAGACAAAGAAGAAGUCAAUCAUGGAUGAUGAUGAUGACGAUCUGGCUGCCCGGGCAGCGGCUAUCCAAAAGGCGGAGAACGAUCGCAUAGCAAAUGAAGCGUUCGCGAAAGCUGCCGAGGAAGAUGCUAAGAAGGGUGCCCAACAAUCUGGCAAGAAGGGCUGGUUUGGUGGUUGGUUCGGUGGAGCGAAGAAAGAGGAAAACAACUCGGGUGGCGGUCCUAUCAGAGCCAAACUUGGCGAAGAGAGCUCGUUUUACUACGACAAGGAUUUAAAGAAAUGGGUCAACAAGAAGGACCCCGGUAGCAGUGCCCCUGUCCGUGCCACCCCGCCUCCGCCCCGAGGAUCCGCUCCCCCUAGUCGGACUGCGAGCUCGGGUAGCAUGCCACCGAACGGUGCGCCUCCGAUGCCCCCAAUGCCGGUCUCUGGCAGCAGGCCUCAAUCUUCCUCAACCGCUGCCGCCCCACCUUUCUUAUCAUCCAGCCCUGGCCUCUCUGGUCUCGCGCCUCAGCCUCUCCCUCGGUCUGUUUCUACGGGAGCGGCUAUGCCAACACCGCCUGGUAGUUCCAGCGGUCCGCCACGGCCGUCUUCGUCCUUGACUCAUGCUAGCUCAAUCGACGAUUUGAUCGGUGCGCCUCAGGCGCGCAAGGGAAACACGGUUCGCGGCAAGAAGAAGGGCCGUUACGUUGACGUGAUGGCCCAAUGA